AUGAGUUUAUUCGGAGGCAAUGAUAAAAAGGAACCGGCUAAGGUAUUGAAAGAGACAAAGAAAGACUUGAACAAGUCACAACGUGAUCUUGAUAAACAGAUUGUACAGUUGGACCAACAGGAGAAGGUCGUAAUCACACAGGUCAAGGCUUUGGCCAAGAAAGGACAGGAGGCAAAUGCAAGAACUCUGGCAAAGGAAAUCGUUAGGAUAAGAGAACAGAAGGAUAAACUUAGAGCAAUGAAGACCACAAUGAUGGGUGUAUCUUCAAAGGCAACGACAAUGCAAUCAGCAAAUACAAUGAUGAAGGCAAUGGGAACGGCCACCAAGGCAAUGAAUGUUGCCAACAAGCAAUAUGAUGUCGCUCAGAUGCAAAAGACAAUGAUGGAGUAUCAGAAGCAAGUUCAUCAUGCAGAUGUUACAGAUGAGAUGCUACAAUCUAUGUUUGAGGAUGAUGAAGUGGAUACCGAAGCAGACAAUGUACUGUCACAGAUUGUUGAUGAGAUAUCAAUGGAUAACUACUCUAGGAUGCCUGCCACUUCUCGAGACAGUCUGCUAUCAGACAGCGAACCGGCCAGCAAGGUUACCGAUGCCGACAUUGAUAAACUAUUGCAAGGUCUAUAG